GGUCAAUCCAGAUGCAAUGAGUCCUAAUGAACCAAGCUUGAGAGAGUAGCUUGACUGGUGAGUCUAUAUUCCAAUAAGCGAAAUAAAAAUUGCAGGAGUCUCUGUUGUCCAUGUUAAAGCAGCCUCUAACUUGCAUUGCAAGCAAAUAUCUCCAUUUGUUGACACUUUAUGCAGCCGCUAUCCUUCCGUAAAUUUUCUUAAGGUACUUUUUUAAACAUGGAUAGCUUAAUUGCCACUUGUGAUAAUAGUCCUUCAAUGAGAGAUGAGGAGCAAAUUGGAAUACCAAGAAUUGGUAUGGAAUUUGACACUUUAGAUGGUGCAUAUCAAUUUUGGAAAGCUUACUCAAAAAAGAUUGGUUUUGGUGUUAGAAAAGAGUACAACAACAAAAAUCGAAAAACAGGAGUUGUUGUUAGUCAAUUGUUUGUGUGUUGCAAGGAGGGGAAAAAAAAGGAAAAAAAAAGAUGAUGAUGACAUGAUCCGCCACCAUUCGUCUACGAAAACUGACUGCAAGGCAAGGUUAAAGGUAUUUUUAGAUAAACAUAGAGCAAAAUAUAUUGUGAAUGAGUUUGUUGAACAACAUAAUCAUGAGUUACAACCUCCGACAACAAUUCACAUGCUUAGAUCACAUAGAGAGGUUAUUACGGCGCAUGCAUUAGCAAUUGAAUUGGCUUCUGAUUCAGGGCUUACUCCUAAAGUAACACAAGAAUUAAUGAGCAGGGAAGCUGGUGGUGGGGCUAAGCUUGGGUUUUUUAUUGAAGAUCAAAAAUCAUAUUUAAGAUCUAGGAGGGAAAGAAAUAUUGGAAGUGGGGAGCUUGGUAGUAUUUUCUCAUCUAUUCAAAGAGGAGUAUGGUUUUGUCGAUUCAUAUAUAGUGAAGGAGUACAUACAAGACCCAUAUGUAUAUAUUGUUUCUCCAUAUUGGAAAAUGGAGAAACAAUAUAAGGUUUUUUGUGACACUAACAAUGACUUGAUGACUUGUAGUUGCAAGAAGUUUGAAAGUGAGGGGAUGUUGUGUUGUCAUAUAUUGAGAGUGUUUAGCCGGCUUAAUGUAACGAAAAUUCCAGAGAAAUACAUUUGCCAUAGACUUACGAGAGUUGUGAAGAGUCGGAUUGUCUUAGAUGAAGGGAAGCCAAAUGAAGAAGAAGAUGGUAAGAUUGGACUCGAAGAGUUCAAUCACAACUCUUACGGUUAACAUAUCAAGCUUCAAUGAAUAAAGAUUCACGUAUUAUCAUGGAAUCAAUGAUAAAUGAGUGUAGUAAGAAACUUGAAGAUUUCACAUUGUGUAAGGAAGAUGAGAUUGAGAAAGUGCUUCAAAAUAAGGUUAACAAUCGAAUGGAAAAUGUCAAAGGAUUGAAGAAGAAGGAAGGUCAAAAGGGAAAGGGAAAGGGAAAGAGAAGAAUGAAACCACAAUAUGAGACGCAUAGAAGAAAAGUUAAGAAAUCUUGCAAUCCUAAUAUGGUAAUUUUUAAUUUUUAAAUACUUUUAUUUUGCUUAUUUGUUUUUGCCAUGGUUGAUGUUUGAGAUUUUUUAUUUCUUUU